AUGGAUACUAGCAGUGUCAUCCCAAACAGAACACCAGGGAGGCAGAGAGAGGGACUGAUCAAGUCAGCCUCAGCCCACGCUGGCCUGCUGUCGGAACAGGAUGGAGCGCAGGGUCAACGUGCAGAGGACCAAGAGCAGGGGAAGUCAGGUGGAUCACCACCUCAGCCAGAGAGUCAGGAAGAGGAGGGCAGAGAUUUUAUCAUCCAGACCAAGAAGCGCCUCAACCUGGUCAGCGUCUCCAAGAGCCACCAGGAGCUCCACCGGGAGUUAAGGAUGACACACAAGAGAGGUCCCUGUCUGGAGGUGAAGCCGGAGCUCCAGCGUGUUCUGGAACAGAGGAACUGGGAACAGGGGAUGAAACAGAGGAGAGAGGCAGAGGAGGAGAAGAAGAACCGGUCUCCUCUCCAACAGGAACUGCUCAAGAGGCACCAGAGGCUGGGGGAGCUGGAAAGGGAGCUAAAGGCACAGCAGGAGGGCCUGCAGAGUUCCCCAGAGUUCAUCAGAGUUAAAGAGAGCCUGAGACGCACCACCAUACUGGAUGUGGGAGAGAAGGUAGUUUAA